AUGGCCACAGACGAACUGUCGUCGAAGCUUAGCCGUCGGCUUCAGAUAGAAGAAGGUGUAGAGGUACCGGUAGCCAUAGAUGAGGCUGAUCAGGGACAUGAGAACGGAGCAGCGGAGGAGAAGGCGGCCACUGCAAACGCAGACUCGGAGUUGGGAGCUAAGCUUAUGCGGCGCGGGGAGUUAAACGAGGGAGUGGGUGAACACCAGCAGCCGAGCAUGAAGGUCUUCAAUCCCUACACCGAGUUCAAGGAAUUCUCCAGGAAGCAAAUCAAAGAUAUGGAAAGAAUGUUCAAAGAGUACGAUGCAGGGAAGGACGGAUACAUAGACCUGAUGGAGCUGAAGUUGAUGAUGGAGAAGCUGGGGGCACCACAAACCCAUUUGGGUCUGAAGAACAUGAUCAAGGAGGUGGAUGAGGACCUGGACAACAAGCUGAGCUUCAGAGAGUUCCUCCUGAUCUUCAGGAAGGCAGCAGCUGGUGAGCUAGCAGAGGACAGUGGUCUCAGUGUUCUGGCCCGGCUCUCUGAGAUUGAUGUGUCCACUGAGGGAGUAAAAGGAGCCAAGACCUUCUUUGAAGCCAAAGUAGCCGCUGUCAAUGCAAGCAGUCAGUUUGAGGCAGAGAUCCGGCAGGAGCAGGAGGAGAAGAAGAGGCAGGCAGAGGAGAAAAAGCAGAGGCAAGCUGCCUUCAAAAACCUCCAGUCUGCCUUCAAAUGACCACCUUAUCUUCCUACUGCUCCACCAUUGUCCCGGUUUCUUCAGUAUCCCACUCUCCUUCAUUUGAAACAUGGUAAUGAUAUGCAAGGCUCUGGUAGUCUGUCUAGAGCUCCUUUCGCUUAGCCCCUGUUCAUGAAAAAGUAACAGUGAUAUUCUGUUGAUGACCCAUUGCUUUGACCUUUUAAAUUAUACAUUCAGAGUUGUGCAGAUACAGAUUCCUCCGUUCUUAUAAUGCUGAGUGGACAAGUGUUUGUUUGGUCCUGUCUGACACUGACUGCUGCAUUGAAUUGGAUCCAUCCUGGAGAAGCAUGGCCUGUGUCUCAUGUAUUUAAUCAUUCCUAAAUCAUGACUGUGGUUUUGUGCCACACUAAAGUAGUUGUUAAUGAAAACAACUUUUUGAUGCAACUAAGAAUGUGAACAAAAAUGCAUCUAUUUUUGGGUUAACUGAAAAUUAUUUAAAUACUGGAACAUUUGUCCACUUAACAUAAGUAAUUACCGUUUAUUCCAGUGACUCUACAUUGUGAAUGUGGGUUUUAAAGAGGUCUUAUCCAACCCAUUGUGUUACAUGGUACCAGCAGUGGUUGUGCUUUAUCCAUGUCAUUUUCGGUAGGAGCUUGUAAGCGCUUUAUAAAAUAUAAACAAGUGCCACUGUGGCUGCUUUGAGAGAAACCCACACGACCAGAGCUGCAUUCCCUAUGCUGUGAGAAAAUAUUAUGUGCACACUUUUUUUUUUUUUUUUUUUUUUUUUUUUUUCAGACGGUUGAUCCCAUUUUAAUGUAGAGGAAUAGUUCAGUGUUUAAUGCCUAAAAUAGCACUCUAUUUUUUAUGUUUAUCUGGGUGGUGUUUUAUGGGUUUAAUUUUGGGGAUGGAUAUUCUUGCAUGCAUGGUGGUGGUUGUUUAUAAGUGUGUUUUGUAUGGGCACUGUGAAUUUCUGACAAUCUUAUUUACACCCAAAGUGGUUCCCUGACUUGAGCCAUGAAAACCCCCACCAGAUCUGACCAGUCUGACUACUGGCUGACUGCAUACUACCUUUAAUCCUCCUUACCAGAGGCAAUUGGCCCUCUAAUAAUUUACUAAUAUGUCUGCUGGUUUGGCUCUGGUUUUCACAAAAUGUUUACCAUUUCUCACAACAGCCAAAACGUCUGUGCAGGGUGUCACAUACGCAGGCUGAGUACAAGUCUUUGAGGCUAACAGUCGAGUCCUUGACCCUCCUUGCCUUCGCCAAAGAGACUGGCCUUCUGGCAAUCCCGCCCAUGAAUAUGCAACUGGAUAGUAGAAUAGUUGGUUAUUGGUUGUUUGGAAUAACAUUGUUUUCCAUAACUUGUGAAUCCAGAAAUUGAAUUAUAAUUGGUCAAAGUCAAAUACAAGUGUUCAGCUACUUUCUAUGAGUUUUUGUAUAUUAAUGAUGGGAAUGAAAGCUGAUAUUUUGCGGUUUGAAUUGCUGCAUUUUGACCAGCUGGUUUCGUCUGGGCAAAUAAAAUGGUUGCUUAACAAUCAGGUAGCAAUGUGUUCUUUGGAGAGAGGAUGAUAAUAGUUUUAGUACUUGUGUAAUUAUAAUUCAAAAGAAGGUAGGUUAUCCAAUCAGCAUCAACUCCUGUUUUACUCAAGGUCAAUAGUAGUGACGUUUAUUAGAUGAAGGCCAGACUCUUGGUACAUGUUGUAGAACAAGGACUGGAUUGUAAGCCAAACAGACUAGAGGUAAGGCUACCACAGCAAUUGAAAACCUUGUAAAAAGCCUUUCACUCAUUUGAUUUGACUCUGCAAUGUUUCUCCUGAAACCCCUGUAAUACUGCCUGUGCACUGAGUUAGAACCAGGAAAACAUGAAUCUUCCCCACAAAUAGUGUCUGGAUAUAUCUAGAAGGCUCUUACUGUAUUAUGGUUGGGACCAGGUGGCUUGUGCUGAGACUAGUUGAGGAACUGGCUGCUGUGUCACUGGAGUUGAGCUCUGUUCUUCCUGUAGUAUGGUGUAAUGUGACUGAAAUGUUGGUGGGUGGGGGGCAACUGGUGAUCAAGACCCUUUUGUCUGUGUAUGUGUUUUUAGUUUGUAUGAUUGCAGAACCAACAAAUACAGGGCUUACUAGAGGACAGGGUUUCUGGAACAAUGGUUGCCCAAUCUUCUGAUUUAGCUGGAAAAUUAUUUUGCAUUAGCCUUGCAUGUGACCAGUCAGUAUCUUUAAUGUGUCAAGCACACCAUAUUGGCAAUGCUUUGCAUCUGACUGUCAAUUCAUGCAAUUAACAUCAAGUCUUUGUUUGCUCAACUCACAUGUUGUCAUCUAGAACCCAACCCCUUGAGCACUGUAAGGAGAUACGCUGUCUGUGGUGAUGUGUACAUUGGAAUAUACAGUGUGAGUCACUGUUAUCCUCUUUAGUAUAGUUUAGAACAUAAUUUUUUUUUGUGUAGGACACUGUCAUUUUCUGUAGUAUAGAUAGUAAAUGACUCAAAACAUUUGAGAUAUGCACUCAGUUUGCACACAUUUGGCCUUGUUCAAAGAACUGACUUAACAGCUUUGAUCAUGUUUAAUGCAAACACAGCUGUAGCUUUAUUAAACAUUUUUAUUAACGCAGACUAAAUUACCAUUUGUUUAUUCAUCAGUGUAUUCAUUGGUUUAUUGGGUGGGUGUACAAAGUUGACUAUUUUGGCAUAUCAUACAUUUUUGUUCCCUUCCAGAAAAUGUCAUGCUUUUUAACUCCACUCAACUGAACUAUUUUAAAUUGGAGCAGGUUGGGAGUAUGAGGGAAAUAGUAGUUUGUACAGUACAUAUUCAGUAUAAUAGUUUGUGAACUAGCUUCUAACAUUGUGUUCAAAUAGGGUAUCAAUAGAUAUCUGGCAGAACACCAUGGCACACUACAACUGAGAGGUUGUAUAUAAAAAUAUUUUUUCAUGAUAAUAGUCAUUUAAAAAAAAUGCUUUUAGUUUUGUAUGGGAUUAUGUGAAAUGUUUUGCAUAUGAGUGUCGUCCACAAGCAGGUCCCCUGGUUUAAAAAAAGAAAGGGAAGUAUCCACUGGUUAUACCUUACCAAAGUGAUGGGAAAUUGACCAGUUCAUCUGUGAGUGAUUAAAAAUGUUGUCUGUGUCAAAUGUUUUCAGAUGUUGUCAAUAUUGAAAACCGUAUAUGUUUAUCUAUACCUUUGUCUACAAUCACAAUGCCUUAAACAAGGCUAAUGGAAAAAUCAAUCCUACCGGAAGCCCUUUCUCCCAGGUUGUACAAAUUACAUUUAGACUUCUUCACUUACUACUUUAAUCCAAAACCAUUGUUCAUCGCUCAGUCUGCACAGGGCCAGAUGGGAGUUGGAACUCUCCCUGCCCUCCGGAAACAGGGGUUUUAGACAAACAUUUCUCAGUAGAACACUGGGUUUGGUGCCAUCUCUCCUGACGCUGGCCAUGCAGAAAAUACCACGCCGGGCGGCUUAGGUUGCUGCUGUAUCCGCUACCUCGGGCCAUAAAAGGUAUUGACCGCUAGACAAUUAUGUGUUGCUCAUUGAAGCCACAUUCCACGAUGCAUAGUCUUCCAUUCAAUCCCAGUUUAUUGGUAGUUUUUGUCCAUUUGCGUUGCUAACUAUCACAACCAGUUAGUCAGGCAGAAUGGAACAAUACGAACAUUGGCACGCAAUGCUAGUAUGAGGACACAACUUGUAGCCAAGCCAAUAUUGAGUUCUGCUGUUUGUAU